AUGUCGAGCUCAUUGAUCGAUCCACUCGAUAGACACCACUACAUGCGCGUCGUUUACACUGUACACUGCUCACGCGCAAACAAAACCGGAUGGCGCACACUGGCGCGCACCCGUCCCCCGCUACCCCUCGGCCCCCCGCGGACCCCCCGCCCGGCCCCCCGCGACCUGCUGCAUGCUACAGUGCUACCGGAGUUACGCCGCAUAGUUACCGGACUUGAUAUGCCUGCUCUCUGCGCUCGGCCAUCGGGCCCACGCACACCACCGCGCCCCGACACU